AGCUAAUUAAGCUAGAAAGGGCAGCUGCUCUGCUUCUUGGAGAGGUGUCCACUGCACAUACAUGGAGGCGCCGACGAUAGAUCAACAUGUCGUUGACAUGGUUUCGCUGUUGGCGCAAGAACUGAGGGGUGAACUCGACAGCCUGAAGAACUCGUCGACGCAGCGGGCCGGCGGCGGCCCUGCGCUGCCGCCGGUCGUCAUCGACAAGGUCGGCGACCUGACCCGCAACGUCGACGAGCAGGAGUACGUGCCUCACUACGUCUCCAUCGGGCCGUACCACCGCAUCAGCAGCCCCAAGCUCGCCAGGGACGUCGACAAGGUGCAUAGGCUCGGGGAGGUCCUCUCGGCGGCGGCGGCAUACUCCACGGCGCCACUGCGGCUGGAGGACUUCAUCACCGAGCUUGCGCUCAUGGAGCACGCCGUGAGGAGCUGCUACAGGCAUCCGUUUGACGUCGCGAGCAAGGAUUUCCUGCGCUGGAUGCUCCUCGACGCGUGCUACAUCCUCGUCCGCUUCGGCGACGUCCUGCGGCGCCGGCACGGCGAGGAGGAGGAGGAGCGCACGGUGGAAGCUGUUAAUGGCGUCAUGGUGAGGAGAUGGUAUAGGAACUUGUUUCGUGUCCCGAGCAAGGGAUUCCUGCGCCGGGUGCUGCUCGACGCGUGUUGCGUCCUCGUCCGCCUCGGCGACGUCGUCGGACUCGGACGCCGCCGGCUCAAGGUGCCCGCGGCGGCGGAGGCUAACGGCUUCGCGUCGGGAGAGAACCGAGUCGUGCCGUCCGUGGAGAGGGAAGAAUCCGGCGUCGACCAGCAGGAGGCGGUCGCGGUGGUCCGCGACGUGUUCUACCUCGCGGAGAACCAGAUCCCGUUCUUCGUCGUCGACAAGGUCCACCAGAUGACGUUUCUUGACAGCAAAACUCCGGCGCUGAAGGCCAUCGCGGGCUACGCAGCAGCACUCUUGGAAGGACAGCAGUACUCGAUCGCGACGCCGACCAAGGUGGAAGAACCGGAGCGGCCGCCGGAGCCGGCGAAUCUCCUGCACCUGCUGCACAUGCACUUCAAGCCUACCGUACUCACGCCCUCCACCGCCGGAGGUAGGCCCGUCGGACGGUGGCGCACGGCAAUCGAGUACUAUUUCGCCGGCGUGACAUUCAAGAAACGGCCUCUCGAUCUCAGCGCCAAGGGCGGCGCACGCUGCAUCCUCGACGUCAAGGUGAGCAGCGGCGGUGGCACGUUGGAGGUGCCUCAGCUGAACAUCGACGCCGAGACGUGGCGGCUGCUCCGCAACCUAAUGGCGCUGGAGCAGAGCAACCCGGUGGCGGCGGGGAGCCACGUGACGGCGUACUGCGUGUUCAUGUCGCAGCUGGCGAGCACGGACACGGACGUGGAGCUGCUGUCGCGGCGGGGGGUCAUCGUGCACGGGCUCGGCAACCACAGCGAGGUCGCCGGGCACUUCGCCAAUCUCUGCAAGGGCGCGGUGUUCGACGCCGACGACGCGGAGCAGAAUUACCUGAGGCCGGUGUGCCAGAAGCUGGAGAGGCGGUUCCGGAGCCGGCCGCGGCGGUGGAUGACGUGGCUGAAGAAGAAGUACUUCGCCAACCCGUGGCUCGCCGCCGGCCUCGUGGCGGCCACCGUGGGGCUCAUCUGCAGCGUCAUCCAAGCGGUUUACUCCGUUCUGGGUUACGUGAAAUAAUGCUGCUGACGGCUGAGGAUGACGUGGCCUGUGACGUCUUGUCUUACGUAGGGUGUUAGUAGUCCAUGCCACCACGUGUAGCAGCAUGCGCAUAUUCUCGUUGCAUAGUUAGGAGAUAUGCGUUAGGCUACACUUUGGGCCGUCAUAAGUAUGUGGCCGGGUUGCCAUACCAAUGAAGUACAUCGAGAUGGAAAAGUGCAUUUUACCUCAAUCCACUAUAGGCAAAGUUUAAAACAAGUCCCUCAACCGUAAAACUACUGCUAUGUCGCCUUCCUCAUCUAUUGAACAGAUGCAUCUUGCCUCCCUAGUGUUCUCAACACGGGGCAUUUAACUUUUCGUCACUUUUAUAAAUAUUUAUAACAGAUUUGCUACUGAAUCCACAUGUCAUAGACUAAUGAAGACCCACAUAUCAUAGACAGCGAGUGACAAAUAUGUUUUUAACCACUUUUUCCUCUGGACACUGG